AAAUUCGACGCGUGUCUGCCAUGUUUAUAUUUUUAGUGAAGUUUCAGGUUAGAAAUUCAUCGCUCACGUGGUUCUGAAAAGUUCUCAAGUUGUAAAUUUACUCUCUCAUCAUGGGUCGUAAAGCUAAAUUUGCCGAAGAAAAAGUGAAGAAGGGCCCUGGUAAAAAAACGAAGAAGCAAAAAGAUCCCUCUUUUCCAUCAGCCAUUGCAACCACAGAUGAUGAAGAGCCCAAGAAACUAAGUCACAGGCAGAAGCUCCGUCUCCGAAGAAGACUUUUGCGAAGAGAAGCCCGCAAACAAUUUUUAAAAGAAUUAAAAACCAAGAAAAAAGAGAAAAUCGAAGCUCAGAAAAGAAUGAUGAACGGUCUGAAGCGCGACACCAAAACUGAUGACUCGGAGACAGGUAGCAAAAUGAAAGGAUUUCAUGAUGAUAACAGCUCAUGGUUAAAACCCAAAAAGAAGAAAUUACUACCAGAUGAAGAUAAUGAAGACGAUGAGGAUGAAGAAAUGGAUGUUGAUUCUCAGGAAGAAAAUGGCUCAGAAGUUGAUGAUUCUGAAAUGGAAGAUUCUGAUGAUGAUGGUGUGAAGAAGGAUAGCGGUUUUAGCACUGAUUCUGAUGAUGCCUCGGAUGACAGUAGCGAUGAUCAAGAUGACAGUAACGCUGAUGAAGAUGACGAGGAUGAUUUAUUACCAUUUGAAAAAGCAGCAAAGAAAACAAAGAAGAAACAUGCAAAAGAAGCGAAACUCGCUGCUGAAGAAGAGAAAGAAAUGAAUGCUGAUCACUCAAGUGAAGUAUUCCAAUUUCCGAGUGAGGAAGAGUUGCAGCAACAACUACCUAUUCCUGAAGUAGAGCAGAGAAUCCGCGAUAACUUAAUGGUUCUUACAAAUUUUAAAAAGUUCAGGGAAGAAGGAAGAUCUCGGACUGAUUACAUGAAUUUGCUGCUGAGAGAUUUGUGCAACUACUUCAGCUACAACGAAUUCAUGAUGAAGAAGAUACUCAAUCUAUUCUCUCUACACGAAGUCAUGAAUUUCCUGGAAGCUAGUGAAACGCCACGACCAUUGACUAUUCGAACAAAUAGUUUGAAAACCAGUAGACGUGAUCUUGCCCAGGCACUGAUUGGGCGCGGUGCAAAUGUCGAUCCGAUUGGAAAGUGGUCUAAAGUAGGUUUAGUCGUAUUUAGUUCACAAGUUCCUAUUGGUGCGACCCCUGAGUAUUUAGCCGGACACUAUAUGAUUCAAGGUGCUGCCAGUAUGUUGCCAGUCAUGGCUCUGGCCCCGAAAGAAAAUGAGAGAAUCUUAGAUAUGUGUGCAGCGCCUGGGGGUAAAGCAUCACAUAUAGGUGCUAUAAUGAAAAACACAGGAGCAUUAUUUGCAAAUGAUGUCAACAAAGAUCGAGCUAAAGCAGUAGCUGCCAAUUUUCAUCGUUUAGGUAUUACAAAUGGAGUUAUUAGUACUUUAGACGGUCGGAAAUAUCCCUCGAUAAUGAAAGGUUUCGACAGAGUUUUGGUGGAUGCACCCUGUUCUGGCUCCGGAGUUGCAUCUAAAGAUCCCAGUGUAAAAUCUAGUAAGGAUCAUAGCGAUAUCCAGCGAUGUUUCAAUCUGCAACAAGAUCUCUUACUUGCGGCCAUCGAUUGUACUAAUGCCAAGUCACCCACAGGGGGAUAUAUAAUUUACUCCACGUGUUCAAUAUUGCCUGAAGAGAAUGAACUUGUUAUCCAAAAAAUUUUGGCCAAGAGGCAUGUUAAAUUAGUAGAGACUGGUCUUGAUUUUGGAAACGAAGGUUUUACGAAAUUUUUAGCACACAGAUUCCAUCCAUCAAUGAAAUUAGCUCGGAGAUUUUAUCCCCACACACACAAUAUGGAUGGUUUCUUUGUCGCAAAGUUGAAGAAAAUAUCCGACAAAAUCCCCACGACUGAUGUAGAAGAAAUGGACGAAGAUGAGGAAAGAUGGUUCAUGAACGAAAAUCCUGAUUACAUUUUACCUUAAUUUUACCCAAUUAUUUUUCAUUAUGUAUCUAUCUGUACAUAUCCUUUUGUAAUUUUUUUGUUUUCAUAAUGAGGAUGAAAAUAACACUGUAUGUUUUUAAAAUUGUCUUUUAACGUAUUUUUAAUUGUGGCUCAAAGAAUGAUUUUGGCGGAACAGUAUUUAAAAAAUUAAUCCUUGGGAUAAUCGAGCACCGUCAGUUCGGUAAAUGUAAGUUAUUUUCUUGCAAUUAUCUAUUCCAUUCAAGUAGGGUCAUUACUCAUUACACAAAUUUUUUAAAUUAAUAUUCUGAAAGUACAUAUAAAAUAAGUAGACACAAGAUCUUUUGAUAUUUCAUUUAAUUAAAUUUUGAGUGAGGAAAAGACCAAAGUCACCAAAAAUCCAACUCUAUUUCAGGAAGAAAAAUGGAAAAUGUUUUAGCUGUGUUCAAAAGAAGAUUGAUAAAUUUUCAAGGCAUCAAGUAGAGAGUCUGAUUUCAUUAAAGCCUGCAACACAUGGAGUAACUUCGGUUUUCAAAUUUUUCAAAUGAAGAAGAGACAGAAGUAAAAAAGCUGACUUCUAAUUACAAUGGUAAAAUAACUUUAUUUUCCAAAAAUUCCAAAAUAAAUUACUGUGAUGUUACAAAAAUAAAACAUUCCAACGAGUCAAAAAGUUUGUAUGUACAAUUCACAAUCCCUUCAGUUUAAAACAAAAUAUUUAUGAAUUGUAAGAUGGAAAUUUUGGCUACAGCUAGUGUCCCCCCCCCCUUUUCCCAUUUUUUUUUCCUUUCCACUUACAAGAAUUCUGUAAUGAGAAAUAAUGUUUUUACUCUUCACUGUGAUACACAGAACUUGACACAUUAUUAAAUACUAAUAUGCUCUAGCGACUGAUGGUGAACUUGACACUUCUUAAUCAGUUUUCAAAUUAAUUUCAGCCACUUAAGCCGUCUUAUCUUAAAUGCAGAGGUGAAAGUGCUGAAUCUGCAGCAAACAAAUCAACACUGAAAAAAGUCUUGUAUUAUGACCAUGCCUAAAAGUAGAGGAGUUCAGAAAUCCUCUACAUAUAGCCAGCUGGCUCCUUUGAAAACUCUAAACACCAGCAGAAACAAUGUAACCAAAAAAGGUGUACACUAAACUUUCAACACCCUAACUGACUAAACCUAACUGAUCCAAA